ACGUGCUGACAACGCCGCUGUAGUUGUAAUAAAUUUAAGCUAAGUUGUUAGAACUUGCAAGCUAGUAGACACAUUCAGAUGCAUCACUGCCCACUACGCGCCUAUUAUCGGACAGCCUGUCUGUCGCAUACUUUUUCCCAUUUUCUUGCAGCCGUACAGUCGGAUUCACAGCGUUUAGGCGCAGUUACAGCUUUAGGCGUCACAUAUAUGUACCUUCAUUUCAUAACUGGUUGCUAAAUUAAUUGCGCUGCCCACCCGUGUCGGUGCAGUGAGUAGUGGCCGAUAAUGGAAACAUUGCCCCCCUCUUUACUAAUCCCCUUCCAACGUGCGAAAACGGCUUUUUGUUAACCUAAGUUGGUUUAUAAACACACUUUUGUUCUUCUGCAAUUUUGACGACACACGCGUGAAUAGUUAUAUUUGCAUGACAUCCCUCCAUUCACAAAAUAUUCCUCCUGAAUGACGUUUGUGUUAGUAUGCUAACGUUAGCUUGACGGCUAGCUAAGUUAGACGCUAGCUCUAUGUAGCGAAACCUAAGCCGACGCAGCGCAAACACAAGAAGCUGUCAUGUAUCUUUUAUAAGUACCGUGUCGAGUGACCGCCGUUAGCGUUUCAGUGUUAGCCUGGUCAUGAGUUGUUAGCAUGCUACCCGCCUAUUAGCCUUAUAUAUGCUAAUUGACUAGUCAAAAUGAACCCUAACAGUAUUAGUGUCUGCACCCUGAACAAGAUGUGAAUUGAAUUGAAUCUAACGGAUUUUUAUAUAUUUGUUUUAAUUGAACGUGGGAAACCUUGCUCUAAUUAAAUAUUAAUAUAAUAUUUUAGAAAUUAAUUAGUGAUACAUUGCAUCUAUUUAUUUUCAUUUGAAUUCAUGAUUAUGGCUUUUAGAUAAUGAAUUUCCUCAGAUCAUUUGAAUAUUUUAAGAGGGUCCACGUAUAGGUUCCCAUGUAGACUGUGACAUUCAAAUUAGUUAAUUAUCUGCAAAGGUUUCCUGGGGGUUUAAAUGCUCUGUGGUUCAGUAGAACACACAAUCACGUGGAAGCCUGUUAACUUGACAUUUGUCCAGAAAUUGACACCCUCCGAUGAAGGAGGGGUGUGUUGCAUCCAAGCAUAUUAAUGGAAAGUUGAGUCGAAGCAACAGGACGGGCUGUGAAGCCCAUUUAAAACUGGAGACGGAGAUUAAUGAGUGGCCUGCAGCUGGAGUGACCUGUCCACACUGCCAAACGUAGAAAGCAGAGGUGAAGUCCAUUAUCAGAUCAACCCGGGCUUCCACAGCGCGUCAGCAGUGCCACAGCCUCCACUGUUCUCUGCCAACACGUCUGUAUUAAAAAUCCUUUUUUAAUUGGCCUUGAGUAAUGGUCCAAAUUUGAGUGCCUUGAGUUUCAAUUAGUUCUUAGCCAUAAUUAUCAACAUUGAAAAUAAACUGUCACUGUGUAAUGAAUCUAAAAUAUGCAAGCUGAACUCUUUAAAUAUUAUAGGAGUUAAGGUUUUGAUGGGUUAGAUCUUCAUAUUCAUUAAUAUGCAUCUGUAUGCAAGCUUUCAAGUACCUGGCUAACUCUGCACCAGGUUUAUAGACAUACCUGUUCUCAUAUGGAGGCACAUGAGCCUCCAAAUGUUCCUCGAUGCCUAACUUCAGCCUGUCAGCAUACUGACAACAUUGUAAACAGCUUCUUCAGGCUGGGAGUCAAGUUUUAGCUGGACAUCAUGUGAAUGAACAGAGCUCAUGUUGUCAGUGUAAAUUCAGUUAGUGUUUGUUGCCUACACUGCAAUUUUAUAUAAAGCUCGGCAUCAGGUUUCACUAAUAGGCAUAUUUUUAUUUUUUUAAACAGAUGGAACUUGGUGAAAUCAGUGUUCUCAUUGCCCUUUUGAAUUUAUUUUUUUUCUGUUUUUGGACCGUCGUAACAGCUAGGGCUAGACUGUGUACAGUUGCCAUGUAUACUCCUGGUCAACCACUGGUUACACAUUUGUCAGGUCUUUGUUUGAGUUAUGGACCUGCCUGUCUACCUUUUAUUCAGGCAGGCAGAGAAAUGUUACCUAUACCCAGCGUCCCUUGGUGGGUCAGGUUACCACGGGUCUCUAUAGAGACAAACACGAGUAGUUAGUGAGUGGUGUUUCAUGGGUUUAACUGACAGAUGCGAGACUUUCACCUGUAUGUGUGUGGGCUGUUUGUAGAGGGAGUAAUGGGAACAUGGAAUGCAUUAGGCUAAUGAAUCCUCUUGGUUUCUUAUUCACAUUUCAAUCAUCCACCUCUAAAAAUUUCAAGAAAUGCAAAUAUAGUGUUGGUGCAGGUCUAUUCUAUUUGUUGCUGUUCAUCUGAUCAGUGAAAAUAAUUGUUCACACAUAACAGACUGAAAUAGGUUCAUCACCCAGAUGCCGCUGCCAUUAACGAUGAGUUAUUUACGUUUGGUUUCAUUUGUCACCAUGUUAAAUUUGUCACUGGUACAUUAAGUAACUGACUUUGGAAUGUAUUGUAAUUAAUUGUUUGAGCCAUGAGCAUAAUUUUAUAUGUGAUGACUAAUGGAUGAAAUCGGGCCUCGUCAUAGAAUACUGAACAGAAAUGAAUGGGUGUAUCUGCAGGCAUUUGAGACUUAUUAACAGAAGGUGGGACUUUGACAUAACGAUACCAAUAAAAACGCAGCCCUUUGGGUGAACUUAUAGACUGAAGGUGUGACAUAAGGUUUUCUGAGUCACUGAAUUUGACUUGUGUAAAUAUGCUCGGCGUGUGACACACCCACUCAGAAACCUACACACGCACAAAGAAACUCUGCAGGUGGAGCUGGGGUGUUUCUGUGCGUCCCUGCUGAGCUGAGGGAGAAACAAAAGGUAGGUUAACAACAUGGGAAGAGGACGAAUCGCUGAGACAGAAGAAUGGAUGCUCGUCCUCGUGUGAAUCGACUGCCCUGGAUCCUUCCAGCUGCACUAUGAGCAUAUGAUGUCUGAGACCAGAUGCUAUGGCCUGCAGCAGCAGUCAAAGCAAUGCUGAAACUCUGGAGGGGUUCCACGAGGUUAACUUGGCCUCGCCCACCACACCCGACCUUCAGAACCAGGCGGAGCAGCGUCCCCCUGCCCGUCACAGCACCCCACCCACGUCACUGUACCGCACCCACUCCCUCGGAGCACCUCCUCCUGGCCUCCCUACGUCCCUGCGGGCUGACCAGCUCCCCACACAACCGGUUUACUCCACACCACAGCCCAGCCACAAUGGCAGCGUGCCAGGCCUGGAAUUGGAUUCUGCCGAGGCCAGCUUCCUGUCUGGAGAGGACGGGGAGGAGUGCAGUGCAUUGAGUGACAGCCUGUCACGGCUGCGAAGCCCAUCGGUGAUGGAGGUUCGAGAGAAAGGAUAUGAGCGACUGAAGGAGGAGCUGGCCAAGGCCCAAAGGGAGCUGCUGUUAAAGGAUGAGGAAUGUGAGAGGUUAUCUAAAGUCAGGGACCAGCUUGGCCAGGAGCUGGAGGAGCUCACCGCCAGUCUCUUUCAGGAGGCCCACAAAAUGGUCAGAGAAGCCAAUGUCAAACAGGCAAAUGCUGAAAAACAGCUGAAGGAAGCUCUGGGCAAGAUUGAUGUCCUCCAGGCAGAGGUUCAGGCCUUGAAGACGCUGGUCCUCUCCUCCCCUACAUCCCCGGUGGGUGAGCUUCCCUCUUCUGUAGGAGGGGGCAAGACUCCCUUCAGAAAAGGACACAGCAGGAAUAAGAGCACGUCCUCUGCGAUCCUGGGCACACAGCCUGACCCGUCGGCCACACAGCCGAUCAUACGGGAGUGUAGAGAGGUAGACAGUCAGCUGUUCGGCGAGUUCAAGGCGUGGAAGGAGGAGCCCACGCUUGAACGGAGCUGCUGCUUCCUGGAAAGAGUUUACCGUGAGGACAUCUACCCCUGCCUCACCUUCAGCAAAAGCGAGCUGGGUUCUGCCAUCCUGGAAGCCGUGGAGCAGAACACGCUCAGCGUGGAGCCGGUCGGGUUCCAGCCACUGCCAGUGGUCAAAGCCUCGGCUGUUGAGUGUGGAGGACCAAAUGGGCGAAGGGCCGAGGUCGUCACAAAAUGUGCCCUGAGCGGUCAGACCAAAACCUGUAAGCACAGAAUCAAGUUUGGAGAUUCGUCCAACUAUUACUACGUGUCUCCCUAUUGUAGAUACCGAAUCACAGCAGUUUGUAACUUCUUCACCUACAUUCGCUACAUCCACCAAGGGCUGGUCAAACAGCAGGAUGCAGAACAGAUGUUCUGGGAGGUGAUGCAGCUACGCAGGGAAAUGUCCUUUGCCAAGCUGGGCUACUACAAAGACCAGCUGUGACGGGCAGAAGGCGUCGCUCUCCAGUCACAGCUGACUCUUCCUUUUUGGUUUUUCUCACCCAGUCACUGGGAAGCCGUCCCUCUUAACUGUUCUCUUCAUGUGAGUGUUUUUUUUUGUGAAGAACUGGUCACAAAGACUAAAGACUGACAUCCGUUACUGAUCGUGGGUUCCUGUUGAGUUUAAAGACCAAGUUUUAUUUCUUUUUCAAAUAUGUAGCAUUUCAAUAUGGCAUGAAAAAGAUGUUAAAAUUGAAAUAUGUUCUCAUCUAAACUACAUCUGAGUAGCUUGAAGGAAUAAGUCACUUCAAAGGAAGAAAUCUCUGGAAAAAUAAGUUGCUAUGAGAAUGAAUUUAGAGAAAAUAAAACCAUAGAAGGAAAACUAAGUUACAAUUUUACAUGUUUGUUUUCACUGAGGUAAAUACUUUGUUGCAUAUAAGGAAACAUGUUGAAUGAAUUUCAGGUGUUUGAGCUUUAGAAAGAGCAAUUGGGAAGUAAGGAAAUAAUUUAUUACAAAUCAUAGUAAAAAUGACUUAACGUCACAAUAUUAAACCUAAAUUUCCAAAUGUACACUUUUACUGUUUUUGCAAAAUGGUAUGAAUUUUUGCAAUUUUAAUUGUGUGUUGAAAAAUCCUGCUAAAACUUUAGUAACACUAACUGUAGAUUUAACGAAGUUAAAUGUUUUGAAAAAUGAUUUGCCAAAUUGAUUACUAAACAAUCAAACCAUGUAUAAGCUUUAAUUUUAUGACAUAAUUGAUGAAGGAUGUUCUGUUGGGUGACUAGAUAAUCACCAGACCAUGAGUCUGAACACUAGAGUAACACUACACUAAGAUCUAAUGAGGAUCUUUUUGUUUUCCUUUUAAGUAGUUUACUUUUUUAUUUUAAACCCCUUAUGUUUUACAGCCAUUGAGAAAACAAAAGCCAGUGAAAGCCCCUUCACGUCUGCUACAGGUCCUAGUGUUCUCCUAAAAGCCUUGUUUCUUCCAAACUUGGUGUUUCUCUAUUUCCAUUAUAAUGCUGUUUAUUCAUGGACCUUGGAGAAUAUAACUGGUGACGAUUAUUUAGUCUGAAUGGAGCUUAAAAAUGUCUUUAUAACCUGGAAAUAAUUGCUUCUGUAUACAGGAGCAAGUAAUUUGACAGUUCUGUCCAAGUUUGAUAUUUUCUGGGUUUGACUUCAGGUGUUUGACUCAUCAGGAGACUUGUUGAAGAAAAUGUUAAAUAUUGCAUUUAAUACUUUAAAUGUAGGUAAUUUUCCUUUAAAUGGCUCCAGUUGUUUUUUAGCCUGCUGUAUUUAAUCAGGAAUAUUUGUAGAUACUGCAUUUGUGAGUCUGUGUGAAUGUGGAGUUUUUGUAUGCCUGCUGUUCAGCAAACCUUAUGUACCUUCAUUUAAACCUGCAUCUAUCUCCCUUUUCAAAGUCAAUGUCACUCCGUUUGGUUUAGUGCCUUUUCUCUCAGACACUGAAAUAAACAGUAAUACCUCUGGAAAAACC